CCCUAGUUAGACCUGAUCAUUAGUAGCCAAAUAGGAAUAUUAGCAACAGGCUUCAUGAGAAUAUCGUCAAAGGACAUAAUCAAUAGACUCCCAACACAUUCUCUCCCUUAUAUAUAUAUAUAGGUUGGAUGUUCGCUCAUGGAGUACUGGAAACAGAGCCAUCCAUUACCGAAUCUCUCUGUGUCUUCCUCUGUUCCCUUUCAAUAUAAUUAACUUAUGGAUGGCUCGGGCUCUUCCAGCUUUUGAUGCUUCUGUUUACUUGGAAUUUCCUUCCAUUGAAGAUGUAGCUGCCUUCUCUUUUUUCGAUUUUCGAUCCUUUUCUUUUAUUUUCUUUGUCCCUUUUUUGGGUUGUGUACUGAAUGCUUUAGAACAUCUGUCCAUGUCCAUUCAUUUUUAUGGCAAUGAGUGACCAAAACUCUCUGGCCCCGACACUGAUGGGAACUUGCACGGAGGGUGAGUCAGCUCAGCCUCCAAAGUUCUCCCAAACACUUCAAACAAACACUGCCAUGGCCGCUUCAGCGGACGGGACUGGGCCUCCCGACCUCGAGCGGCAAGUCCCUGCAACUGGGACAUCCCAGUGGGUGCUAGAUGCCCCGGAGCCACCAGGACUGUGGCGUGAGAUAGCGGACUCCCUCCGUGACAUUGCCCUGCCUCAUGGAAAGCGGUCUCAGUCUGUGAAGAACACGCACAGCCUGGGACGUGUGGGAUCGGUCCUCAAGGGGGCGUUCCCAGUUCUCAAGUGGUGCCAGGAGUACAAGGCAGCUCAAUUCAAGAAUGACCUCAUGGCCGGUCUGACUCUUGCCAGCUUAUGCAUCCCGCAGAGUAUCGGAUACGCAACGUUGGCCAAGCUCGAUCCCGAAUACGGACUCUAUACGAGUGUGGUGCCACCACUAAUAUAUGCUGUGAUGGGGACGUCCAAGGAAAUAGCAAUAGGGCCGGUGGCAGUGGUGUCUAUGCUCACCUCCUCAAUGCUGCAGAAGAUAGUGGACCCGGCAGCUGACCCCACCGCAUACCGGAAGCUUGUCCUCACCACAACCUUCUUUGCCGGUGUCUUCCAAGCUGUAUUUGGCCUCUUCAGGUUGGGAUUUCUGGUGGAUUUUCUUUCACACGCGGCGAUGGUCGGUUUCAUGGCAGCAGCGGCCAUUGUGAUUGGGCUUCAGCAGCUCAAAGGGCUUCUAGGGAUCUCCCACUUCACCAACAAGACUGAUGUCAUCUCUGUCAUGGAAGCUGUCUGGAGAUCCGUUCCAAAAUCCUGGAAUCCUCUGACUUUCAUGCUAGGAUGCGCAUUUCUUAGCUUCAUCCUCAUCACCAGAUUUCUAGGCAGGAAGAGCAAGAAGCUAUUCUGGUUAGCGGCCCUUGCCCCUCUGAUUUCCGUCGUACUAGCCACUCUCAUCGUAUUCCUGACAAGGGCAGACACACGCGGUGUUAAGAUCAUCAAACACAUCAAACGGGGGCUUAAUCCCAGCUCCAUUCAUGAAUUGCAAUUCUGCCACCCAAUCGUUGGAGAUGCCGCUAAGGCGGGCUUAGUCAUUGCCGUGAUCGCCCUCACAGAGGCAAUUGCAGUUGGUCGUUCUUUUGCGUCGCUAAAGGGAUACCGCCUCGACGGGAAUAAGGAAAUGGUUGCGAUGGGAUUCAUGAAUAUUGUGGGAUCCUUCUCUUCUUGCUAUACCGCAACAGGUUCCUUCUCGCGCACUGCCGUGAAUUUCAGUGCGGGCUGCGAAAGUCCUUUGUCAAAUGUCGUGAUGGCAAUCGCUGUGCUUGUCACACUGGAACUGCUCACGAGGCUGCUUUACUUCACCCCACUCGCAAUCCUCGCAUCGAUCAUCCUUGCAGCUCUUCCCGGAUUGAUUGACCUUAAUGAGGCUUACCGUAUUUGGAGAACUGAUAAGCUAGACUUCCUUGCCUGUGCCGGAGCUUUUGCAGGGGUUUUGUUUGCUUCGGUGGAAGUAGGUCUGCUAGUCGCGAUCGCAAUUUCCUUUGCAAGGAUCAUGCUCGUCUCCAUUCGUCCAGGAAUAGAAAUACUGGGCAGGUUACCCGGAACGGAUACAUUCCGCAACAUCGAACAAUACCCAAUGGCCACAAGAAUUCCUGGGGUGUUGAUUAUCAGUGUCAAGUCCUCCGUUCUUUGCUUUGCUAAUGCGAAUUUCAUCAGCCAGAGGAUUAUGGGAAGCAUACUUGCAGGAGAAGAGGAGGCCGGCAGCGUGGGUGAUGUCCGGUCAAACCAACUUGUGAUCCUCGACAUGUCCAAUUUGGUGAGCAUUGAUACAUCAGCAAUGCAUUCGCUCGAGGAACUUGCCAAAAAUCUGAUAUCUUGUGGAGUAGAGCUAGCGGUGGCAAACCCAAAGUGGCAAGUGCUUCACAAGCUAAGGGUGUCAAACUUAACCAGCAAAAUUGGAGGGAGGCUGUUCUUGACUGUGAAGGAAGCUCUAGACUCAUUCCUCACCACUAAACUUGCUCCUUUAUGAGGAAAUAAUGCAGAGGGCAUCCGUUAAUGGUUCCAUCCUAGUCAUAUAUCUAGAUGAUGGAACAUCUACACUAUAGUAUAUGUCAUGAUAAUAAUAACGAGGCCGGAGAUAUCAUGUGUUUCAUUGGCCUUUCUCUUUCGCACUCUUGGAUCGAUCUCUCGAUGUGCAUUGUUAGAUGAUGUAACAUACUAUGAUUCCUGAAAUUAUCCUCGGGGACAUGUAUUGUAAAAAUGUAAAUGUGUGUACGCUUAAUUUAACAUCUUGUUUCUUGCUCGUUCAACUACUUAAGCAAAAUUCAUAUGGAACCAAA